AUAGUCAGCUGAUUACAUCUAUUUAGUAUCAUCAAAAUUGACGGUAGGCAUCGGUGCGCUGUGUUGAAAAGAGCGGGUGGGGUAAUGUAAAUACAUUACAUAUCGGUAGUUAAUACAUUGAAGUGUUAAAUUUAUGUUUGAAACAGCGUAAAAAUAUUUAAUAAGUGAACUUUAACAAUAAUAUGAAUGUUUACCACCAUAAAUCAAUCAAUCAUUAUUUUAAAGUAAUCCCAUCAACACACAGGAUGAAGUGCAUUAAUACCACUAAGCCUCUUAGGUUGAGUCAGUGCAACUGUAAAUGCUGUAACAGGACUAUUUCAGUGUCCGAAAGUAUUUGAUAAGUUGCAUGUGUGUUUAAAAUCUAGAUAGAACAUAUAAUAGUGUCACACAGCAAUUAGUCACUGUCAGUGUGUUACAAUGAUAUUACCAGUGUAAUGGCAGAGGUAGUGUUCACCCAUCAAGUGCCAAAGGUUACCAAUUUGAUUCUCUGUCAAGACAAGCCAUAGUCAAGUAAAAAAUAGUAUUGUAUGUAUUUGUCUGAAAACAAAUGAGCCAGAGUGUGGAGUCGCAUAAAUUGUUAUUCUUUUUGCAGGAUCUAAAAUGUCGAAGAAACGUAAGCUCGGGGACGGCUCUACUAAAGAUGUUCAGCUGUAUUGUCUGUGCCGACAGAAGAAUGACGAGAAUGAAAUGAUGGUUGAAUGUGACUUCUGCGAUGGUUGGUUUCACCCACGUUGUGUUGACAUGGAUGAAGACGAGGCUGGUUAUUUGUCUUCAUGGAACUGCCCUGGUUGUAUAGAGAUCAUGAAUGAAAAUCCAACAUUGACUCGCAAAGCUUUACUGGCUUUCCAAGGAAGAAUUGCUCCAAAGAACGGCUGGGGUCAAGAUUUCUAUGUCACCGAUAUCGACGAGAAGGUCUUGGAUGAGAAAGUCAAGACAAAACGACAUAGAAUUGAGGGAUACAACCUUUUUCGAGAAGGCAAAGUAUCAAAACUAAGUUGCGUGAAAUCCGAAUCCGGAAAAUAUAUAUAUUUUAAGGGUGUCGCUGUCCCUUCUAUGAAGGAUAAGGACUACCAUGUCCAUUUGUGUCUGAAAAAUGGUGGUACCUCCAUGAAGUGGGCAACUUGCACCUGUCCUGCUGGUAAUGAUGGACAGUGCAAACAUGUUGUGGCCAUUGUGUACUUGAUAAUUGACCUCCAUAGACAAGGAGUGGAGAAAAUUCCAGACAUCCAAACUUGUACAGAUAAAUUACAAAUGUGGCAUGUGCGAAAACCCAUUUCUGACGAACCACUUUUGUUUAGUGACAUUAACUUUGUAAAACAUGACCCUUUCAAAGUGGCAAAGAGAGAAUUGUGUUCUACAGUGAAAUAUCACAAUCCUGUACCGCACUUUGCAAAAGCUGUGUCAAGUACACAGAUUGAAAAACUUGUUAAAUUGUAUGACACUGGUGGGCUGAAAUUGCCAGUUAUAGAAACAUUAAGGAGCAACAACUGUGAGCCAGUGUUACCAAAAGCCCAAAGUGAUGCAAGUGACUUGAAUGACAUGCUCUUUGAGCGAUUACAAGAAACAACCAGUACCUUCAGCAAAACUUGCCAUGAAUUCAGCGAAAAUGAGAAGACAUUCUAUGAAGGACUUAUCACCUGUGACAUUAAGAUGUCUAAAAACAUUGAAAAACAAACACGGAUGCAAAGCAAAAAUGCUAAGUGGUUUUCUGAGCGCGAGUACAGAAUAACAUCUUCUACAUUUGGAACAUUUUGUAGAAUGAAGUCAACAACUGAUCCAUGUAAAACAUUUGACCAAAAAAAGGUGCACUUCACAAGUCGCAGUGUAAAACAUGGGAUCAUGUAUGAGAAUGUUGCGUUUGCUAAAUAUGCACAACAGACAAAUGUUACAGACAGUGCUGUAGGUCUGGUAGUGAAUCCAAACAUUCCAUUUCUUGGUGCAAGUCCUGACCGAAUAGUUCUGACAGAAGAUAGGGUCAUGAAGUUGGUAGAAGUGAAAUGUCCAUACAGUUUGUUUGAUAGAAAAACUUCAAUCCAGAAACAGAUAAAUAAUAGAUCAUUCUAUUUGAAAAAAGACAAUGACAGAGUCAAGCUACAUGAAAAGCAUGACUAUUACUUUCAGAUUCAAGGACAGUUAAAUAUUUGUGGUAUCGAAACAUGUGACCUGGUUGUGUUUGUUCCCCCUGAUGACAUUAUGAUAGUUUGUGUGGAAAGGGACCAACACUUUUUCAACAGUGUCAUGUUGCCUAAGCUGUCAGACAUAUGGUUCAACAAGUUACUGCCACAUUUUGUUUCUUAAUGCUUUCUGUAGUGUCAGUCUAUGUUAUUAGAUGCAUUCCUUUUAUAUUAGUGUAUUAUUUGAGUCGUGUUACAGGAAAAGGUACCUUAAGUAGAUUGAAACCAGAUAGAAAAUCUCAGUCCGUUCUGAAUCCAGUUUGCUAUUCAUCCAGUAAAGAAUAGAUGUUGAAUCCCUAUCAGACUGCACUUUUAAGCAAAGGCUGAACUAUAUUCAAACUUUACGUAAUCUCCGUAAGGUCCCUUUUCCUGUGAUAUGGCUCAUUACCUAUGUCAGGAAUUACACAGCUCUCCUUACAGUGAAAAUGGUCUUUAAUUGAGUGGAGUUAGUCGGAAUAAUACUGCAUGUUUGAAAUGUUGUGGUUAAAAAAAAACUGCCUUGUAUAAAAAUUGUAAAAAUGUACUUUUAUAGAUCUGUAAUAUAUGUUUAUAUCAUAUGUAUUUUAACUGUUUGAAUACAAAUGGCAUAUAUAUCAGCAUGACAAAAUGUGUUUUCAGUUUAGUAAAGUUCUAGUUCACAAGUCAUCUUAAUUUAACCCUUUGCAUGCUGGGAAAUUUGCCGUCUGCUAAAAUGUCGUCUGCUGAAUUUCUAAAAUUAGCAUUUUCUUCGAUUUUUUUCAAAGAAUUUUAUCAGAAUAGCAAACAGUUUGGAUCCUGAUAAGACGCCACGUUCUGUGGCGUCUCAUCUGGAUCCAAACUGUUUGCAAAGGCCUUCAAAAUUCGGUUCCCGCACUGAAAGGGUAAAUGUGGUUAAAAAACUGCUGUCUCAUGCUUGCUCAUAAUCUGUAUAAUAUGUUGAUAUGUAUUUUGAAUGUUUCCAUAUGGAAAUUCAUGAAUUAAAAGUGUAAAGUUUA